AUGUGCCCACUGGGUUGUACGGAUAUUGGCCUAGCAGUGUUGGCGAUGUACUUUCGCCUGUACGAAGACUGGAACGGGGGCUGGGAUCUGGGAAAGUGGCUCUGUCUGAUAGUGAACAUUUUUGAUGGCAUGUUGUGCAUGGCGUCCAUGUGCAAUCUGUACACUCUGGUGCUGGAGCGCUACCUGGACGUGUGUCGACCUUUCCUCCACAUGAAGAUACGCAACUGGACGAUCGCUGUCAUCCUCACUCUCUGCUGGCUGGCUCCUAUAGCGCUGUGGUCAGCCAUGCUGCUCUCGGCGUGGCACGUGAUCGGGAUCGAAGACCUCGUGGGGUGUGUGACCGAAUCAGCGUGUCCGCUGCUCCUGAACAUCACAGCAUCCAUGGUGGUCACCACUGGGACAUUCUGGAUAUUCUCGGUGUUAAUGAUCCUGCCCAUGGUACUAAAGAGUUUUACCAUCUGGCUGGCGUACAUGAACUCUAUAGUGAAUCCUUUCUUGUAUUACAUCUUCAACCAGCAGGUUAAAAUGGCCUUUAAAAACAGUGUGCGCAGUAAGGGGGAGCGACAUGAAGACUUGAAUACUAUCUAA